AUGUCAGCGGUGGAAUCAGAUAACGAAGUCGAGGUCGAGCUCUACAAUGGAUUUGGUUCGGCUCCACUUCUGAGAAACUUGUCGCUGGGCAGAAGAACCAAGAAAAGGUGGUCAUUCCACAAUAGUACCAAGCCAAAUUUGGUCGAGAGACCCCCAGGAUUCAACACCAAAAGAAGGCUCAGUGACGUGACAGGAAUCGACGGGGUGCAUAAGGAGAUCGAUCCGUACCAUAUCUCUCCCGCUCAACUCUACUCAACCGAGUCCGGACGGUUGUUCCAUGCUGGUAAGAUCUGUAUCGCAUUGGCGGGUUUGCCCGGACGAGGAAAGACCCACUUAUCGGUGUCGCUUACUCGGUACUUGCGUUGGUUGGGUGUCAAGACCCACAGUUUUCACUUGGGUGACUAUCGUCGUGCCACAGCUCCCCAAGACGACUUGGACCAUGCAUUAUAUGUUAUGCAUCCCAACAACGAGAAGGCUACCGAUUUCCGCAACAAAACUGUCGACGACUGCUUGAAUGAUAUUUUGAAUUUCUUCGAAAAGGACAAGGGCCAGGUUGCCAUCUACGACGCAGUCAACGCAUUGCCUGAGUAUAGAAAGCAGCUCCAUGAGAAGUUCCGCAGCUUGAACAUUCAGUGCAUCUUCAUUGAAUCAACCGUCACCGAUGAGAAAAUGCUUAUCAAGAAUAUGGAAACUGCUGCCAGAUCGUCGCCCGACUAUGUCAACUGGGACUACGAUAAGGCCUACAAAGAUUACUCUGACAGAAUCAAUGCUUUGACUCCUUACUACAAGGAAAUGAAGCUGGAGGGUGCUGAUGCUGAGCUCUCAUAUAUUAAGAUGAUCAAUUUUGGUGAGCGUAUAGAGUUACACAACUCCAAUUACGGUUACUUGAUCAAUAAGGUUGUGUUUUUCUUGAUGAACUCGCGGAUUAAACUGGGUUCAGUGUUCUUUGCCCGAUGCUACAAGAACGAAUUGGACUUUUCCAAGGACCCUCCGUUAGAUGAUGCCGGUGUGGCGUACGCUAGAAACAUCACCAAAACGAUGAUGAAGUACCAAGCUGCCAAGGGCAGUCCGUUCCCCAACUCGCCUGAAGGUUUGUUGAGUCCGCCUCUCAAAAAGUCGUUGUCUACUGAUGAAAGACAUCCACCAACUGGAGCUGAUGGAGUGGAUGAUGACUCGUUUGUCGUGUGGACUUCUGUCAAGAGAAGAACCAUCGAGACUACUAAAUAUUUCCGUGAGAUGGGAAUUAAAGUCAGACACAGAAUCCAGUUGCUGCAGAAAAACCCUGGCUUAGUUGGAACUAUGAGCGAGGAAGAAAUCGCAGAGAAGUUCCCCUCUGAGUACGAACUGUUUUUGAAAGACCCCUACCACCACAGAUUCUCCCGGGCGGAGCUGUAUCAUGAUUUAGCCAUCAAGAUUGAGCCGUUGAUUCUUGAAAUGGAGCGCAUGUCGGGCGAUAUCUUGAUUAUUGCAGAUGAGACCGUCCUUAGAGUGUUGCAUGGGUACCUCAUGGCAUGUUCGUGUUACGACAUUCCCUCUCUUGAAUUCAACACAGAUGAGAUCAUCGAGGUGAAGUAUAGUGCCUAUUCAAAUUCUGCCUCGCGGAUCCCCAUCGAGAAGUUCGAUGCGUAA